AAGUCACGGUACUUUUAUGGAAACGGCCCCUGAAGUCACACAGCCAGCAGCCAGUGGAGGAGAAGCACCGGGUGGUCGCAUCGCGGGUUGGAAACGCGUUCUGUCGAGACGGGAUUCUAUUAAAUGAUCAGAAACAGGAGGGAGCCUUCACGCUAGAGAGGCGACAUUAACCAAAGCCUGUUUGUCAACUUGUCAUCGUGGUGCGAACAUGACAGAGGUGGCGCAGGUUGCGGCUCCGGUCGGCCACAGCUUGGACGACGAGCAGGAGCGCGACGUCACGCUCGGGGGGGGUUACGAAGAGGUGGACGAGGGCGACUCCGCCGAGGAGGAAACUGAGGAGACGCCGAACAGGGACGACGACGCAAGCAGUGUGGACCGCGAGGAAAAGGGCAACAAAGGCGUUGUGAAUGGCUCGGCCACAGCCACAGAAAAUGAGGAAAACCAGAAUAUGUCCGAUUUGGCAUUUAAAAAAGAGAAGCUCCUCCGGUCCAGAAAGCCCGUGGCCAGAACCUACGUCCCCAAACAGAACCGAGAGAAGGGGGACGUGACCAGCAAGUUUGAGAGCAUGCAGAAGGCCAGGGAGGAGCGGAGCCGGCAGAGGAACAAGGAGGAGCAGCAGAAGAGGAAAGAGCAGUACAUCAAGGAGAGGGAGUGGAACCGCAGGAAGCAGGAGAUAAAGGAACUACUCGCUUCCAGUGAUGAGGAGGAGGAGUUGAAGCCAGGAAAGGUAGAGAAAUCCUACGUCCCCAAAAUCACAGGUAGUGUGAAGGGGAAGUUUGCAGAAAUGGAGAAACAAAGGCAGGAGGAAGAAAGGAAGAGGAUGGAGGAGGAGAGGAGGAAGAGGGAAGCCCAGGACAAGAUGGAAAAAGCCAAAAUAAAGAAGGAACUGGCUCAGAAGGCGGCAGAGGAAGGAGACGAUACCAUUCUAGUGCGUGUAGUCCCAGCGAAGGCGUCACGAGCUCCGGGCAGAAUCAAGGUGAACUUCGAAGACAUGGAGAAAAACCGAGAGGAGGAAAUCAAAAAGAAGGCAGAGGAGGAGAAAAAGAGACGAUACGACGAAAACAGACUCUCCUUCAGAGAAGCCAAGCGACGCUCAGUUGUUCAACAGGAUGAGGAGGAGACGCCCUCUGAGAAGGCGGCUGUGACCCCUGGAAAGCUGAAGCUGACGUUCGAGGAGCUGGAGAAGGAACGACAGGAGCAGAGGAAGAAGCAGGCGGAGGAGGAAGCCAAACGUCGCCUGCAGGAGGAGAAGAAAGCUUUUGAGGAGGCCCGGCUGGAAAUGGGAGAAGAUGAGGAGGACCGUCCGUCGUCUCAGCAAGACAGGGAGGAGGUGCGACCCGGAAAACUGAGACUGAGCUUUGAAGAGCUGGAGAGGCAGCGAGUUGAAGAGGAGCGCAAGAAGGCGGAGGAGGAGACCCGGAGGCGGAUGGAGGAGGAGAGGAGAGCGUUUGCUGAAGCCAGGAAGAGCAUGCUUGUAGAUGAAGAUGACGAGGUGCUGAUGGCCUUGUUGAACCUAGAGGGCAACAAGCCUGGGAAGAUAUGUGCCAGCUUUGAGGAGCUGGAGCGCCAGAGACGGGAGGAGGAGCAGAAGAAGGCUGAAGAAGAGGCCAAGAGGCGACUGGAGGAGGAGAAGAAGCUCUUUGCUGAGGCCCGCAAGAGCAUGGGUCUAGAUGAUGAAGAAGGGAUGGUGAAAAGUGAGUCUCAGGAAGCGCUGCACCCUAGAAAACUAGAGAUCAACUUUGAAGAGCUACUAAAAGAGAAGGAGGAAGCCGAGAGGAGACGUAAGGCUGAGGAGCGUAAAAAGAAACUGGAGCAGGAGAAGCAGGAAUUCGAACAACUGAGACAAGAGAUGGGUGAGGACGAAGUAAAUGAAAGCUCAGAUAUCGUGAGCACAGAGUAUGAAGAACUGACUAAGCUCAAGAGGACGGGCUCCAUCCAGGCCAAGAACCUGAAGUCCAAGUUUGAGAAGAUCAAGCAGCUGACAGAUGAGGAAAUUCAGAAGAAGAUUGACAUGGAGAGAGCACGGAGGAAAGCCAUUGAUGAUGAAAUUAAAGAGAGGGAAGCAGAGAGGGUCCAGGAGGAUGAUGAGGAGGAAGGAGGAACAACUCCAGGGAGAGCCGAGGAGUCACCGUUCAAACAGAAGGUGGACAUGCGAGCUCGAUUCGAACAAAUGGCCAAAGCCAGAGAAGAGGAGGAGAGGAGGAGGAUAGAGGAGCAGAAGCUGCAGAGAAUGCAGUUUGAGCAGCAAGAGAUCGAUGCCGCUCUCCAAAAGAAGAAGGAGGAUGACGGUGAUGAGGAGAGCAGCAUCAUCAAUGGCUCCGCAGCCUACGAAGAUGAGGAGGAUCACGCCAGGUCGGGCGCUCCCUGGUUCAAAAAGCCCCUUAAAAACCAGUCAGUGGUGGACUCUGAGCCAGUUCGGUUCACCGUUAAGAUCACCGGGGAGCCGAAACCCGAGGUGACCUGGUGGUUCGAGGGAGAGAUGCUCCAGGACUGUGAGGAUUACCAGUAUAUAGAGCGAGGAGAGACGUACUGCCUCUACUUGCCAGAGACCUUCCCAGAGGAUGAGGGCGAGUACAUGUGCAAGGCUGUGAACAGCAGAGGCACAGCAGCAAGUACCUGCAUUCUCACCAUAGAAACUUAUGACUAGCGAUGCCCUUCCAGGUUCUGGAAACUUUCCUUGUUAUCUCUCACUUCUUUUGUAAAAACAUUUGUCCCUCGUCGUCUGGUGACAGCAACAAGCAGCAGGCGGAAGAAAACGGCAGUAUGCUUGUCAUUCCUAAGGGAGGGAUACACAACAAAUAGAAAACCAUUGAUGUUGUUUACUACUGCUCUAUUGUAAAGCCACACUCUCCGUUAGAGUGGCGUGAUACUUGUGCCAAAAUCUGACGAGAUUCUUGUCAAAACUGCCCUCACUGCAAGGCCCUGACAAUAUUUACUUUACCAGCAACUUUAUAGUAUUGUAAUGUAAAUAUGCUCUGGACCUGAAAGAUGUGAUGCUUGAGACUUUGAAAUGUGAAAAGAAGGUACUCUUUAAUCAACGUUAUACAAGAAUAUGGUUAAAACAUCCCACAUACUGUACUUUCUUAGAUGUAAUACUGAUCAGCAGCUCAGCCUUAGUUUUCUCUAUUGUUUCUCAAAUGGUGUGAUACUUGCCUGGUAUAUAUGGAGGAGCAACACAUUAAACAGCAGUGUGCACAUGCUACAUUGAUACACUAUUGUAACCACAUCCACAUCUUGCAGGAGCAAACUCUUUAACCCUAUUUUCAUCUUUCAGUCCAUAUCAAGUUAUCUUUUAAUUGUAGCAUCUUAACAUUUUUAAUAUUUUCCCAUUUUCAGUUUGACUCCAAUAUAACAUUCUUGAUGAUAAAUUAGUUUUACUGGACAGUUUUAUGGUUUAAAAGUAAACGCUUUGACUAGCCUGACUAUUUGUCAUUUGUUAUAAAUCAGUAUGUUUUAAUAAAAUGAACACAAAUCACA